AAAGUCAGCGAGAAGGUCGGAGGAGCCGAAGGAACCAAACUAGACGAUGACUUCAAAGAAAUGGAAAAGAAGGUGGACGUCACCAGCAGAGCAGUGUUGGACAUCAUGACCAAAACCACAGAGUACCUUCAACCUAACCCAGCGUCCAGAGCCAAGCUGAGCAUGAUAAACACCAUGUCAAAGAUCCGCGGGCAGGACAAAGGACCCGGCUACCCGCAGGCGGAGAGCGUCCUGGGAGAGGCCAUGUUGAAGUUUGGACGGGAGUUAGGGGAGGAGUCAAGCUUCGGUUUGGCGCUAAUCGACGCCAGUGAAUCGAUGAAGGAGCUCGGGGAGGUGAAAGACGCUCUGGACAUGGAGGUCAAACAGAACUUCAUCGACCCGUUGCAGAACCUCCACGACAAAGAUCUCAAAGAGAUACAGCACCAUUUGAAGAAGAUGGAGGGCCGUCGUCUAGACUUCGACUACAAGAAGAAGCGCCAGGGGAAAGUCCAGGACGACGAUCUCAAACAGGCGCUGGAGAAGUUCGACGAGAGCAAAGAGAUCGCAGAGCAGAGCAUGUUCAACCUCCUGGAGAGUGAUAUAGAGCAGGUGAGCCAGCUGGCAGCGUUGGUUCAAGCACAGUUGGAAUACCACAGCCGCUCUGCUGAAAUCCUCCAACAGCUCUCCAGCAAGAUGGAGGAAAGGAUCAAAGAAGUGUCCAGUAAACCGAGGAAGGAGUACGCUCCCAAACCCAGGAUGACCCUGGAGUUGCUGCCCCCCAGCGAAAGCCAAAAUGGGGGGAUUCACUCUGCCAAAUCGCCAGGAAGAUCACCAGCCCCCAUGGACCAGCCAUGUUGCCGAGCACUCUACGACUUUGAACCAGAGAACGAAGGCGAGCUGGGCUUCAAAGAAGGCGACAUCAUCACCCUGACCAACCAGAUUGACGACAACUGGUACGAAGGCAUGAUCAACGGCCAGUCGGGAUUCUUCCCAAUCAACUAUGUGGAUAUCCUAGUGCCACUCCCUCAUUAGGUACCGCCAAUGACCUGACCUUUUCCCCCCCAACCAAUUCAAGACAUCCCCAGAAACAGCUUGUAUUUGCGUAAACAACAAACCACGCCCUUCUACUUCUGUGCUUCUGUGCGAUUCCGCUUUCACAAAACGUACUGAAACGACUGCGACAGAGAAAGAGACAGGAUGGAUAAGCUGGGGCGGUAGUACAGUGAUUCUCGGACAGGAAGUGUUGGGAGAUGCAGAAGAGAGGAAUUCAAAGAGAUGGUGAUCUUUUACUGCACAGUGCUCACUCAGCAGUGCUCCGCUCGGCCAGGCAGCACCGGAUCCCAAUGAAGCAUCGGAGACUUAUGAAUAAGGCACGGUGUAUAUGUACGUGCAUGUGUGUGUCUUUAUGUGCGUUUUGACCUGUUCUUACUCUACUAUGAUCAAGCCAGCACAAAUUCCUGCUCGACGGUUAAACUGCCUGACAGCUUUCUUGGUGAUACUGUCUUCUUGCUGUAUUUCUCUAAAAGUUCUUCUGUCUUUUCUACCUUGACAUGCCUUCUUUUUCUCUUCUUCAGCCCUAGAUUUCUGCACUUUCUAUCUUUGUUCCUUCCCUCCUUAGCUAGCACUGCCUUUCAGCAUGGCUCGAUGACGUAAACAGACCUCUAACCCAUGAUCCAGACUUAACAGUGGGUCAUCCGACCCUCCUGUUUUUGUUUUACUCAGACUUUUCUAACAUACUAAUUUUUUCAAGAGUCUGCAUUGAAUCUCCACUUAGUGGCUGUAUGCAUGAACAGCCAAUCAAGGAAUGGGGUGAUAAAACACCUGCAAAAUGCAGUUCUCAAAGAGGUAUCUUCAGGAUAAAGCAGUAACUGCAAUAAGUAGCUUUUCCAGAAUGAAGGUGAGAAUACUUGUUUGGAAACCCAUUGAUCUUAUAAUGGGGAAGGGGCAGGUUUUUAAGGUUUUCGGGUCAGGAAACUAGUUAAUUCUGUCAUUCAGCAUUUCAGGAAAAGCAUUGAAGAGGGAAGGUUGGGGAUGAUCAACCCGACAGCGGCAAUAUGCUAACACAACCAGCACAGGCCAGUUUUUGAUGGGCAUCUGUAUACUCUUCUAAGUUACUGGAUCACAGUGUUUCGUACGUACUGUGUGGAGUAAAUGCUUGUCGAUUUGUUAUAUCUGUGGCUUUUGCAUGCAAGACUGCGUGACGAUGUGUAGCUGUUCUAAAGGUCCUGUUUUAAAGUUUUCUACCUUUAAUUCGUUUAAGUCCAAACAUACCAUACUCUCUUCCAAGAUCCCUUAACUCCAGUAAACAUUGGAUACCUCAAAUAUAUUCUUGAGUGCUGACAACAUUGUGAAACCUUUGAAUCAUCUCCAGCUCUCUAUGUCUUGGAAUCCACCAAUGCCACCUUGGCAUCAAGUACAGUAUAACAGUUAGAACUUGUUCUGAUCUACAGAAUUUUAAAGAGUCUUGUUGAGUCUUGACUCAUCAUUAAAGCAAUUGUGUGUAGAGUGAAAGAGGUAGAUCUGUUGGCUGAAAUUAUGUCUUGGAUCCAUCUGGUACUGUCUGGCAAAGACUUAGCUUUGAGUAUGUGCCAGUUCUCAGUCAUCCAGGUUACCAUGGUAAUUAAAUUCUUGAUCCAAAGAGUCAACAGGACCUGGUUCAAGGUCUUGAAGACGCCUCCAGAAGGCUUCUUCAAUUCUCUCUUUUUUAAAGAUUUAUUUUUUUACUUUAUUGCCUUUAUUUGAUGGGACAGUGGAUAGAGUAGGAAAUCAGGAGGGUUGAGAGUGGGCGAUGACAUGCAGAAAGGGUUGCCACAGGGACGGACCUGAACCUAAGACGCCUUCUUGAGGACUACAACCUUCAUACACUGGCGCGACCACACACUUUUAGAGUCUUUGGCUCAGAGGAUUUUAUGUUAAACUUUGUCCACCAGUCAGUUUAGAACUAAAGAAGCCUUUUAGGGGAGAGGUAAAUCAUCUUGAAGCCCUUGAACCAAGUCCAGUUGCCAUUCUAGAAACUUUGAUACCGAAGAUUCCGAGCCCUUUGCAAUCCUGCAAUUGUUCUCUCUAAGAUAGUUGAUGGUGUGACGCAAGAAGCUUUGAAUUCCAGACAGAUCCUGAUAGGUUAGUUAGUGGUCAGUAUUGGUGGUAACUAUUAGCCGUGCACAUUCCCUGGUUUGUGCAUCACAGACGUUGUAAGUCGGUUGGUGUGGGGUUUUGUCUUGGGUAGCAGCAGAACAUUUUAACGUCUCAGCUAAUGGCGGAAGCAUUUAGCUCUAGCACUUGUUGGCUGUAGCUAGUGUCAAGACAAGUUUACAGGGAAUUUCUCUUAUAAUUAGAGAAAUAACACCAUUUCAGUCAACACUAACAGUGAUGGAAAUGUUCUACCAGUGUUAGGAUAUUUUAAUCUUUUCCUUGUUGGAAUGAGCAUUCAGUAUGGUGCUGGGUUUUCAUGAACUCCAUUGUACAUUAAAACAACUGAAUAUCAGAUCCAUGCUAAUUCCAGGUUUUUUCAGCUCUGAUGGAAAAGGAAGUCAAACUCUUGUUCUUAAUUAUCUUACUAAUUACAUCUGUAGUUCAUGAUGUACUACUCUAUCAAAGCAUUAUCAAUUACAUCGUACAGCGGCAGGAAUUUGUGCUAGCAUCGCUAAUACUAAUGUGCCAGACUUGGCUAACCAGCUAGCCUUUAGCUUCACAUUCCUGUAUUUGCGUGCGUAAGUGUUGAGCAGAAUAUCUAAAGAAAAAAACUUAAAAAAUGGGUAGAUGCCUUAGCUUUGUAUUCUCAAGAAGUAUUCUGAAUUAUUGUAUUUGGUCACAAAACUCAGUUCGGAAAUCAGGCUAACGUUAGCUGUUUGGCUAAAUUGUGACCAGUCCGUAACCCCAAACAGGAAGACGUGUCCAAGAUGCGUCGUGCGGUUUUUAAGCUACAAAAAGGGUUGAAUGGUUUAGCUCUUGUCUCGUUAGUUGACAAUAGUAAUAAUAUGCCAGGAGUUCAGAAGAGAGGAGAUAUCUAGAUGUUUUAUUGAAGGAAAAUAACUUUUAAGAGCACAUUCUGAAAACUGUUUUGGACAGAUAAAGUAAUAACAUGUUUGAGAACAUAUUUAUCCAGGUCACAUGGAGAUUCCAUAAUAAACUAUAUAAUGUAUCAACCGUCAAUAAACUCUGAACAGGCAAUAAAUGUUUAUCCAACAAUAAAUCAAAUAUGGCUGUAAAAGAAAACUGUGUAACCAUUAAAUCUACCAAUAUUUAUAAAUCUAUGAAUCUGUCCGUCUAUCUAAAGAGCUUUAGUACGUAGACAUCUCUUCCAUUGCCAAAGCACAUAAGAGAAAACAACAGCAACAGUACUAUCACAAACAACAUAACGCUCGCUCCCUGGUGUCUCUGACAUUCACUGUUUUCUGUAGCUGUUACAGAUCAUUGUAGAAGACGGGGGAACUGAAUUAUAACUGUGUUCUUUGAUUUUUCUCUGUUUUUGUCCGUGUUCUGAGUCUGAAUCCUUGAUUUUCUCGGUCCGCUUGUGGAAAGUCUGUGAGCUGCAUGCAACUGAACCGCUUUAAGUCUGCAGUGUGACAUGGUUGUAGAACAAAAACUAAAAGACAAAUUGUGUCCUGCUGGCUUUUUUUUCUCACACUGCAGUGAGCCUGAGAAUCUCCAUCUCCCAUUCUCCAGUUACUGUGUUUGUUUUAUUUCCUCUGAAUUUGUUUGGCUAUAUUUGUAUAGCACUCCUCAUUGAACUACAAAGUGCUUUAAGACCUUUUUGAAUUUCUUGAUGAUAUAAUGUUAUUUAUUUUGCACCUUAAAUGUCAGCAUUUAUUUGUUGCACUUUCCUUGUUUUUCUUUUCUUUUCUUUUGUGCUGAUUUGCCCUCAAUGGCGACAUGUAUUCUAACCUCAAUGAGGGACUUGUACAGUGUUACACUCCAUUUUCCCUUUUCACCUUAAUGAGGGUCAGACCUCGGCCACGUUAUCUGCCCGAGUCUAAUUUCAGCGUUGCUCUCAGAUUGUCAGAUCGAACUCCAAACCAAACCAGCAGACAGAAGUUACAGUUCUCACUUCUUUCCUCUGAGGCGAAGCAGCUCUGAAAGCAGAAAUAAUCUCAUUGAUUUCUAAGAAAUCCCACUUUAUCUUACAACUCUUGGGAGACAUUUUAAGGGGCUGAUGGUCAGAGAGUAGUAUAAAACUCCAGAGAAGCCUAUUAUUAUUGUUGAGGGUUAAAUGGGAUAUUAAGAAGGCAUUAUGAAGAUAUUUUAUAUCAAUAACUUUGAAAAAAAAGAAAUCACACACUAUCUGCUUAAAAAAUCCCUUAUCUACUCUCCUAUCCAUUUACCAUUUUUGCUUUUUUGCUGAGUAUUAUAUUUAAAAAAUGUAUAUAACUUUUGUCCAUUUAUGUGAUGCUAGCAGCAACUCGUUAGCUUAGCUGAAUUCAAAGACUGGACACAGUUGUAAACAGCUAGCAUCUAUUCAAACAGUAUACAGUGCAUCCACUGGUUGGAAGAAUUGAUUAAAAAUCUGAAAAAGUUCAGAAAAGCUGAUCUAGAGAUUAUUAAGCUACAUGAAACCGCAGUGCAGCAUAGCAUAAAAACUAGAAACCAGGAAAUGGUUAGCCUUGUUUUGUCCAUAGGCUGUAACUUUAACGCACUAGUUGAAAUAGUAGUUCAACCAUUUUGUAAAAAACACAACUACUUUUCAUGUCUGUGAAAUAUUAAGCUAAGGCCAGCAGCUGGUUAGCUUAUCUUAGCAUAAAGACUAGAAACAGGGGGAAACAGCUGGCCUUUGGUAUGUGGUUCAAUGAAUAGUUUAACAUUUUGGGAAAUACGCAACCACGCCUUCCUGCUGAGAGUUAGGCCAGUAGAUCCAUACCACACUCAAGUAGGCAAAGAAAAUAUUCAUCUAAAGGGCCAACAGCUGUUUUAGCUUAGCAUCACAUAAAGACUGUAAAAAGGCAAAACAGCUAGCCAACAAGCUCCUCUAAAGUUCAUUUUUGACUUAAUUCUACCAUUUUUAAUCCCUACAAAAUAUGACAGAAGAAAUUGACACUUUCUUUUUUCUUGUAACUAGAGAUAAAAUCAUAUAUUUUUUUGUGGGCACUGUACGUCUGAUCUUGCAGGGCAGUAAUAUGCUGGGUUAGCUAACUCAAAAGCCCCGCCCACUUAUGUCUACCUGAAACGAUGAGAUAACUCCUGCUCUGUGGGCCGUUCCGCUUUAAACACACAAACCAUCUGCAGUCGGGUUCAGGGUGUUUACACGUGGCCUUGGUCUCACCUGUGUUACAUGAUACUAUGCCUUUAGGCUGUAUGAAAAAGCCCUUUGCCUAUGGACCCUGGUGUCUGCUGGUGAGCUACAUGUGUGUAUAUGAGUAUUUACACACUUUGUUGCUAUUUAUUUAUUUAAUGUAAGUAUUGAUUUUAUUGAUUUAUUUAUUUAUUGAUGCCCGCAUCCUGUUCAUUAGUUCGGCACCUGCGGCAUAUUUUUAGGACUGUCAAAACAUUGGUGUAUGACGAUGUGGA